AUGAACCUUUUACUGCGUGGCAAGGAGGGAACGUCUCGAAAUGAGCAGGUGUUGCGAGUCCACGUUCAGAUAAAUCAACCGACUGGUAAGAAACACACAACGGUCAAUUUUAUGGAGCUUUUGUCUGAAAUGGAACCAGAUAUUGACGAUUAUUCGGAUGCUGGCUCUAGUGUAAGCUUAUUAAGGAAUAAAUGGCUAAUUCUUUUUGGGAACCAAAUUAUGAUGUGUUUAGUACUUAAAAAGGUGUUGUAGUUUAGUUUAAAAGACUUGGUCUUCAAGUUAUAGCAAAAGGAAAAGUAUCAGUAUAUUGUGGUUGGUAGGGUUGGUGAAAAACGAUGAUUUCUUUAGUAAAAUGGGGUUUAAAUUUGAUGUUUUAGGGCUCAAAUGAAACAGCAGAUCCGAGUCAAAUGUUAGAUUUGGAAGACUUGAUGGCAAAAGGCGCGGGAUACGAUGUGGAUGACGAAUUCAUCGACGAUUCAGCUGCAGUAAGUGUAAUAUCAUUUUUGGUGCAAAAUUAGAGACUUUACGUAUAUUUUUGAUUUUAAUAGGUUUAAAAUGGACAAGACUAUAAAUCAAAUGAUUUUUAAAAUAAAUUAAAAGUAUAUGCUUAGUUUCUGUCAUUUUAAGGUCAAGAAGAAAGUUCCAGACAAGAAGGUACCACUUUACAGUGGUUUCUACGUUCACAAGGGUCCGAUUCCAUUGAAAGAAGCGCCAAAACCAAGGACUCCGAGUCCGAUAAUUGCCGAAGUACCAAAAAAGAAGCCGAAAAAGAGUACCAAACAGCGACUUCGAAUCAAAUUCACCAAUUUUAAUGUUCCAACUACACCAACUACGGCUAAAGAUGGUACACUUGGUACGAGUGUUAACAACGAUAAAGCUUCGGAUGAUCCAAAAAGUGCUGUUACGUCUGGUACUGGCGUCAAAGCUGGCCCUCCAGUUGGUACUGAUGGAAAAAGUGUUACUUUGUCUGGUACUGGCAGCAAAGUUGGUGCUGGGGCUAAUGCUACAAUACAAAUGGAAGAAGAGUCUUCUGAAGACGAAGAUUUCGACGACGAUGACGAUGAAAGCAAGGAUUCUUCAAGUACUAGUGAGUAUAGUAGUGACGAUGAUGAUGAAGAUGAAACGCAUAAACAAGAUGAAAGUCAUAAGAAAGAUGAAAAACAUAAAGAAGGUGAAGGCCAGAAUAAGGAUAUAGGUCAGAAAGGUGUGGUAACACCGUCUCAGAAGAGGUCUUGGGUUUAUAAGCCAGCUUCUGUUGCUUCAACAUCAGAAAAACCUAAGUCAUCAUCCUCAAAGUUGCCGAAAGAGAAUCUGGAGCGGAAUCUGGAUGUUAUCAGAAUCAGUUCGUCUCCAGAAGAGGUGCCACAAUGUAAAGAGGGUUUCAAGAGCACAGCUGGUGCAUCAUCAAUACCUACUGGAAGGCCAAGUACACCGUCACAUACUACUUUAGAGCCUGGUACACCAUCAGAAGCUUCCUUAAGGCCUACUACACUCUCACAAGCUUCCAGAAGACCUACUACAGCAUCAGCAUUAACCGGAAGGCCUACAACUCCAUCAACGGCUACUGGAAGGCCCACUACACCAUCAGUGUCUACCGGAUGGCCUACUACACCAUCAUCAGCCAGAAGACAUAACAUACCGUCAGAAGCUUCCAAGAAAUCUACUACAUCAUCAGAAGUUGAAGGUAUACCUACAACAUUAUCAGAAGCUGACGGUAGACCUACUACACCGUCUCAUAGGCUAGCAGAAGCUAGGAAAGGAUCUAAAACAACCUUAGAAGCCUACAAGAGGCCUCAGCCAACUCCAGAAGCUUCUAAAAGGCCCCAGCCAACUUCAGAAGGCUCCAAAAGGCCUCAUGUAAUUUCAGAAGCGGCCAAAAGACCUCAACCAACUUUAGAAGCCCAACAAAAGCCGGCUACACCGUCAGGAUCAGGUCCUGUUGGACUACCACCAACCGGGCAUCAUUCAGCACCCAUCCAAAUCAGCUCCGACUCAAGUUCGUCGGAUUCAGAAGGCGGAGCUCCUGUAAUCAGACGGAUGACCGGAUUACCUCCAAAUGCACGGAAACGAUAG